UUCCUGAUGGUGCAAGUGUUGCGACUCUGCCAACACCGUCACCGGAUGAUGUCGAGGUUUGCGAUCGAUACUGUAUGCUCCUCAACGGUCCAUCGAGUUACUGCAUGUGGUGGCAGUCUCCUGCUGUUUGCCAUUCCGGAGGUCAACCAUGUGGUGAUGCUACGAUUUGCUUGGCCCCAAUCAUUGGUACUUCGACCUAUGAUCUGGUUGGAGACCAACACGGUGGACCAUCACCAGCCUGCGACUCUUAUUGUCAAGAUCUCAACGACGAGUCAAGCUAUUGCAAGUACUGGCAGAACCCUGCGGUUUGCCUCAGCGGCGACCAGCCAUGUGGUCCUCCAGUCUGCGACACCACGAC